GCAUACCAUCCUAUCGUUAUGUCAUUCCACCUGCGGUCUACGAUCCUUUCUUGCCAGAAAACAAAGGUUUUUGUAAUCCAGCAACACCACGCUAUUUUAGUGAUCGCAUACAACCCGAAGGUUGCUUGCCAGCAGGUUUCUUUGAUAUUGGUCGGACAAAACCCGGAUCUCCUCGUAUUUAUGUUUCUGGUGUUCACUUUUAUAAUUCGCCUGCAGAAGUUUACCAAAAUUUCUCGGGUUUUCAGUAUCCAAGCGAAGACGAUCAGGCUUAUUUUGAACUUGAACCCGUCAGUUUCUUUCCUCUAUAUUCUCAUUUUGUGCGUUGAUUUUUCAACCUUCCCUAAGGUGGUGGAUACAGUUCGCUGGUAGGA